AUGGGAUACUCCUGCUGUGGCUCACCGGUUCCAGUUCCUGAGACUGAUAUCUCGCCAAUCGUGGCUGCAACUGUGGAGACGAACAGUUCUACGGCUUAUCAACGCAAUGGCGACGACUCUAAGCCUCCCGACACUACGGCCCCCACUCAUGGAGAGCCUACCCAGGAGAAAUCAAAUAUUUCCUGCUUUCCUGGUGAAUGCGUGGGCAACAGAACUGAGAAUGAUACUGACGCGCCUGACUGCUGUCGUGGCAAAGUUGGCCCAUGCUGCGACAUGUCUUGCCUUGACCGCUUGGCUAUGCGGGAAUGCGAGACAAGCGCUGGGGGUCUAAACGGUCAGCCAGACACUUGUGGUGAGGCUACCGACCACAAAGCAUGCAGCCAACAUAGUCUCUCUGCCCUCGACCGCUAUGGAGCUACGUUGCAAGCCCUGGGAUGUAUCUGCCGUGCUCUCAUUGCUCUUGGCCAGGAAACCUGUUGUGAAAUUCGCGAGCGUCACUCACUAGACAGGAAAUCAUCUGCUCGUUCCCUUCUUCUCACUUCGCUAGAUUCCUCCAGUAGCAACGGCUCUGUUGUCAAGGACCAGGCCGCGCGGAACCGUGCCCACCUACCGAGGAGCUCUGGUAAAAGUGCCAGGUUUGUCAAUAAGCCGUUUGCAGAUGCUUGCGUCUCUUUUCUUCCGAAGGACAAACCCGCCAAAGAGCCUCCUGUCAAAAGCAAGUGCUCCAAGUCGUGUUCCUCUGAGGGCACAUCAGCCAGGGAACAACCCCUAAAGAGUGACUGCGCUGAAAAGUGCUGUACGGGAAAAAAUACCGUCAAAGAAGCCUCAACGAACAAUAAGUACUCAUGUUCUUGCUGCUCAGAAGACACGCCGGCCACGAGUCCAUCUGUCGAGGACAACUGUGCCAAGUCUUGCUUCUCCUUCAAAACUUCCGCGAAGCAGCUUGCUGCGCAACCUGAACGCCUCGGUUCUUGCUGCUCGGAGACCUCUUGUGCCGAGACAUCCUCUCCCAAACCUGACUGCACUGGAUCUUGCUGUCUCGGAGACGAGUGCAUCAAAGACAAUGCCACUAAGAGCACUGAUGCGGGAUCGUGCUGUCGAAAGUUCAAGCCCGUUGCUGAGCCGCCCGCUAAUGAUUCUGCAGGAUCUUGUUGCAGAAGAGCUAAGAAAGCGAUCACUAAAGAGCCCUCUAACGCCGUCUCUGACUCUUGCUAUAAACCACCGGAGCAGGAUAUCUUCGAGGCUCCAAAAGCUAGUUGCACAGACUCUUGCUGCACAGAAAGGCAGCCGAUCAACUAUCAAGGCUCUUGCGCCGAUGCUUGCUGCUCCUCUACUCCACCCAACUCUGGUUUUAGGAUUGAGAAAUCCCCGAUUGAUGCCAUCACUGAUUUAGAGAAUCAGGGUACCGGCAAGGAGCAUGUCGUUCUCAGCAUUUUUGGCAUGACUUGCACUGGUUGCGAGACGAAGCUCAACCGAAUGCUCGUUACUGUCCCCGCUGUCAAAGACCUGAAAACCAGUCUAGUUCUCUCACGAGCUGAGUUCAACAUCGAUCUCCGUCUUAGCUCGGUGGAAGAAGUCAUGAAACAUCUGGAGCGAACGACUGGGUUUAAGUGUGAAAGAUCAAAAGUGGCAGAGGGAGUUAUUGACAUGGUACCCGUGGAUAAGCAGACCGUGCGAGUGGCUUUUGAUCCAAAAAUUCUGGGAGCUCGAGACCUCACUGAGAAGACCUGGGGUCAGCCAUUUGAACUUGCUCCUCCACGCGGUGAUCCUUCCCUGGAGGCUGGCAGCAAGCACGUUCGUCAUGUCGGAUAUAUGACCCUUUUUUCCGCCAUUUUGACGAUCCCGGUCCUAGUCAUGGCAUGGGCUCCGCUUCUUGAGAGGGAGAUAGCAUAUUCCUCGGCUUCCCUCGCCUUGGCCACGAUUGUUCAAGUUAUCAUAGCAGGGCCAUUCUAUCCCAAGGCCCUGAAAGCUCUUGUUUUCUCGAGGGUUAUAGAAAUGGACCUUUUGAUUGUCUUGAGCACCAGUGCUGCUUACAUCUUCUCGGUUGUCUCCUUUGGGUACCUCAUUGCAGGAAAACCCCUUUCUACGGGUCAAUUCUUUGAAACAAGCACUCUUUUGGUCACUUUGAUCAUGGUUGGUCGAUGGAUCGCCGCUCUCGCUCGUCAGAAAGCUGUUGAAUCCAUUUCUAUCCGGUCACUUCAGCCGUCGAAAGCUAUUCUUGUCGAUAAAGAGAGCGGAACGGAACGGGAGAUUGACGCCCGACUUCUUCAAUACGGCGACACCUUCAAAGUUCUCCCUGACACCAAAAUCCCCACCGACGGCACUGUCCUCAAUGGGUCGUCCGAGGUUGACGAAUCUAUGCUCACUGGUGAAUCUAGACCGGUGGAAAAAUAUCCCAAGUCUGUGGUGAUUGCUGGGUCUAUCAAUGGACCUGGGGUUAUGACUGUUCGACUGAACCGUUUACCUAGUGACAACACUAUCAAUGCUAUUGCUGCGAUGGUCGAUGAGGCCAAACUGUCGAGACCAAAGAUACAGGAUCUAGCAGACCGGGUCGCAUCCUAUUUCGUGCCGGUUGUUGUGGCAUUGACGAUCAUCACAUUCGUCAUUUGGAUCGCAGUGGGCAUGACUAUUCGUGGAUACGAUGGAUCUGAGGCUACAAUUCAAGCCAUUACCUACGCUAUUACUGUCCUUAUUGUCUCUUGCCCCUGCGCUAUUGGAUUGGCUGUUCCUAUGGUCAUUGUGAUUGCCAGUGGAGUCGCAGCGGAAAGAGGUGUUAUCUUUAAGUCAGCAGAUGCUAUUGAAUUAGCCUAUAAGAUGUCGCACGUCGUAUUUGAUAAGACUGGGACCUUGACUCGGGGAAAGCUUUCUGUCGUCGCGAAAGUCUGCAUCGAUGUAAACCAACUCCCGCUUCUUCUAGGCCUCAUAGAAAACAGUCGUCACCCAGUCUCAAUUUCUGUGGCUGCCCACCUAAAGGACGCCGGAGCUAUGGCUUCGAUUGUUCCUGGGCCCAAGAGCCUUACUGGUAAAGGUGUUGAAACCACCUUGGGUGGCCGGAGACUUCGAGCAGGCAAUUCUCGCUGGCUGAAUUUAUCAGAACAUGAACUUGUCCAACCAAUGCUUUCUCGAGGAUACACUGUCUUCUGCUUCACAAUCGAUGAUGCGCUAAAUGCGGUAUUUGGCCUUGAAGAUGAGCUUCGACCUGAUGCUGUAGAGACGAUCGAGACAUUGCAUAAGCGUGGCAUCUCGGUACAUGUGGUUUCUGGCGACGAUGACGGAGCUGUUCAGAUUUUAGCGUCCAAGCUUGGCAUUCCUGGCGAUAAUGUGCGUUCUCGAAGCUCACCUGUUGACAAGAAGGACUACAUCCAGAAGCUCCUCGGUACUGGCACAGAUGGCAAGGAACCAGUUGUUGUUUUUUGCGGUGACGGCACGAACGAUGCCGUUGCUCUCGCGCAAGCUACGAUCGGUGUCCACAUGAACGAAGGUACUGAUGUCGCGCAAUCCGCCGCGGAUGUGGUUCUCAUGCGGCCUUCUCUGGCUGGCAUCCCCGCCAUGAUGAACGCCAGUCGGAAGUCUGUUAACCGCAUCAGGUUCAAUUUUACAUGGAGCUUCGUAUAUAACACCUUUGCAGUCCUUCUUGCUGCGGGUGCUUUUGUUAAUGCGAGGAUUCCUGCAGAAUUUGCGGGACUGGGAGAGUUGGUGAGUGUGUUGCCAGUCAUUGCUGCUGCGGUGCUUCUUCGCUGGUCGAAGAUCUAG